AUGUAUCGCUUCCUUCCUAAUCUUGGUUCGAAAGCCAUAGUUGCUAGAAAAGCUACUACACAGGUUGGAAGUAGGCUGGCUUGGAGCAGAAACUAUGCUGCCAAGGAUAUCACAUUCGGGGUGGAAGCACGGUCAGCGAUGCUUCAGGGAGUCGAGGAGCUCGCUGAUGCUGUUAAAGUCACCAUGGGUCCUAAAGGCCGAAAUGUUGUCAUAGAACAGAGCUAUGGUGCCCCUAAAGUGACUAAAGAUGGUGUUACUGUUGCAAAGAGUAUUGAGUUUCAUGACAGGGUGAAAAACGUUGGGGCUAGUCUCGUUAAGCAGGUGGCCAAUGCCACUAAUGAUGUUGCUGGAGAUGGUACCACUUGUGCAACAGUCCUGACUCAUGCAAUAUAUAGCGAAGGGUGCAAGUCUGUUGCGGCUGGAAUGAAUGCAAUGGACUUGAGGCGUGGUAUCUCAAUGGCAGUUGAUGCUGCUGUCACACACUUAAAGAGCAGGGCAAGGAUGAUCAGUACAUCUGAGGAGAUAGCACAGGUUGGAACAAUUUCGGCAAAUGGAGAUAGAGAGAUUGGUGAGCUCAUAGCCAAGGCUAUGGAAAGAGUUGGUAAAGAGGGGGUUAUUACAAUUGCUGAUGGGAAAACACUCGAUAAUGAAUUGGAGGUGGUAGAAGGAAUGAAGUUUGAACGGGGUUACAUAUCACCCUAUUUCAUUACAAACGAAAAGAACCAAAAAUGUGAAUUGGAGAACCCUUUGAUUUUAAUCCAUGAAAAGAAGAUUGGAAGUAUCCAUGCUGUGGUGAAGAUGCUGGAGUUGGCCCUAAAGAGGCAAAGACCUUUGUUGAUUGUUGCUGAAGACUUGGAGAGUGAAGUUUUGGCUACUUUGAUUUUGAAUAAGCUUCGUGCUGGACUUAAGGUUUGUGCCGUUAAAGCUCCUGGAUUUGGUGAAAACAGAAAGGCCAAUUUACAAGAUCUUGCUAUUCUUACGGGAGGCGAAGUUAUCACUGAAGAUCUUGGUUUGGACCUUGAGAAGGUGACAAUUGAUAUGUUGGGCUCAUGCAAGAAGGUUACAGUUUCAAAGGAUGACACAGUUGUUCUUGAUGGUGCUGGGGACAGAAAGACAAUUGAGGAAAGAUGCGAACAGAUACGUUCUGGAAUCGAACUAAGCUCAUCUGACUAUGACAAGGAAAAGCUUCAGGAAAGACUAGCUAAGCUCUCUGGUGGUGUCGCGGUUCUGAAGAUCGGAGGGGCAAGUGAAACAGAGGUUGGGGAGAAAAAGGAUAGAGUUACUGAUGCUUUGAAUGCUACAAAGGCAGCUGUUGAGGAAGGCAUCGUGCCAGGUGGUGGAGUUGCCCUUCUUUAUGCCUCCAAGGAGUUGGAAAAGCUGAAACCUGCCAAUUUUGAUCAGAGUAUCGGUGUUCAGAUUAUCCAGAAUGCUCUUAAGGCACCAGUUCAGACAAUUGCCUCAAAUGCUGGAGCUGAGGGUGCUGUAAUUGUUGGCAAACUUUUGGAACAAGAGAAUACCGAGCUCGGCUAUGAUGCCGCUAAAGGUGAAUAUGUCAACAUGGUCCAGACUGGAAUUAUAGACCCACUGAAGGUUAUCAGAACAGCUUUGGUUGAUGCUGCAAGUGUAUCUUCUUUAUUAACCACCACCGAGGCUGUUGUUGUCGAACAUCCAAAGAAUGAGAAAGAAUCCUCCCCAGCGAUGCCUUCAAUGGGCUAUUGA